AUGGCGCCGUGGCUCGCGCUGCUGGUCGCGCUGGCGGCGGCCGCGCUGGCGCUGCGCUGGAGGCGGCGCUGGGCUCCGCUCUGCGCCGACGCCGCGUUCGUGGUGCGGGCGGCGCGGUGCCGCCGGCGGCUUUUGCGGGGCGGGGGGCGCAGUUUGGCCGCGCGGUUCCUGGAGGAAGCCCGCAAAGCGCCGCGGAAGCCGUUCCUGCGGCUGCGGGACGGGACCGUGCGCUACGGCGAGGCGGCGCGGACGGUGGCGCGGAUGGCGGCGGCGCUGCGGGGGCGGCCGCUGCCGGGGGGCGGCGGGGAGCGGCUGGGGCCGCGCGUGGCGGUGGGGCUCCUGGCCCGCAACGGCGCCGCCUUCGUGUGCGCCUGGCUGGCGCUCAUCGCCGUCGGCGCGCGGCCGGCGCUGCUGGGAGCGCAGCUGAGAACCGCGGCGCUGCGGCACUGCGUGAGGGAGAGCGCGGCCAGGGCGCUGCUGGUCGAGAGCGAACUUUUUGGGGUCGUGGAGCCCAUCGUGGCGGAGCUGCGGGAAGCCGGCGUGGCCGUUUGGGUGAUGGGAGCCGGGAGGAACCCGGCCGGGGCCGAGGAUCUGAGCGAAGCGCUGGAAGCGGCGCCGGAGGAGCUGGGAGCUGAGGAUGUCUGGAGGCCGCCCGAUAUGGGGGAAACCGCGCUGUACAUCUUCACCUCCGGCACCACCGGGCUCCCGAAAGCCGCCCGCGUUUCGCACCUGAAGGCGCUGCUCUGCUCCGCCUUCUAUCAGCUGCUGGGCGCCGACAGCAGCGACGUUCUGUACAUCGCGCUGCCGCUGCACCACAUGGCCGGCGCGCUGCUGGGCGUCGCCGGCUGCAUCGGCAUCGGAGCCUCGUGCGUCCUGCGGGACAAAUUCUCUGCCUCCCAUUUCUGGGACGAGUGCUGUGCCGAGGGCGUGACGGUGUUCCAGUACAUCGGGGAGCUGUGCCGCUAUCUGCUCAACCAGCCGCAGCGCCCCGCAGAGCGGCAGCACCGCGUGCGGCUGGCGGUGGGCAGCGGGAUGCGGGCCGACGUCUGGCGGAGCUUCGUGCGGCGCUUCGGGCCCCUGCGCGUGGUGGAGACGUACGGCCUGAGCGAGGGCAACGUCACGCUGCUCAACUACAGCGGGGCGCCCGGCGCCGUGGGCAGGAGCAGCUUCAUUUAUAAGCUCUUCUCGCCCUUUGAGAUCGUGCGCUACGACACGGAGAGCGGCGCGGCUCUGCGGGAUGAGGGCGGGCGCUGCAUCAGAGUGCGGCCGGGGGAGCCGGGGCUGCUGAUCGCUCCGGUGACGCCGCGGACGCCGUUCCUGGGCUACGCCGGCCGGCCGGAGCUGUCGGAGCAGAAGCUGCUGCGCGGCGUCUUCGCGGAGGGCGACACGUUCUUCAGCACCGGGGAUCUGAUGGAGGAGGACAGCGACGGCUUCGUGCGCUUCUGCGACCGCACCGGGGACACCUUCAGGUGGAAAGGAGAGAACGUGGCCACCACGGAGGUGGCGGAGGCUCUGCUGGCGCACGCGGCGCUGCAGGAUGCUGCCGUGUACGGCGUCACCGUGCCAGGCCACGAGGGCCGCGCUGGGAUGGCUGCGGUGGUGCUGCGCCCCGGCUGGGAGCUGGACGGCGCCGAGCUGUUCCGGCACGUGGCUGCGGCGCUGCCACCCUACGCCUGGCCGCGAUUCAUCCGGCUGCAGGAGCGCCUGGCGCUGACGCCCACCUUCAAGCAGCGGAAGGCGCUGCUGGCCCAGGAGGGCUGCGAUCCGUCCCGCGUCGCCGCCCCGCUGCUGCUGCUCGACCUGCCGGCGGCCGCCUACGUCCCCAUGGGCCCCGCGCUGUGGGACGGCGUCGUGGCGGGGCGCAUCCGGCUGUAGGGCCGCCUCCCGGCUCCCGGCUCCCCGCGGCCGUCUGUCCUGCGGCCCCUGCGUCCGUCCUGAGCAGUCCGUGGCCGUCCAAUGUCCCACAUCCACCCCGAUGUCCCACGUCCGUCCCCAUGUCUGUCCUGCAGUGUCCCCACAUCCGUCCCAAUGUCCCACGUCCGUCCCCAUGUCCCACAUCCAUCCCGAUGUCCCCAUGUCAGUCCUGCAGUGUCCCCACAUCCAUCCUAAUGUCCUCAUAUCCAUCCCAAUGUCCCCAUGUCUGUCCUGCAGUGUCCCCACAUCCAUCCCGAUGUCCCACAUCCAUCCCCC